AGCACUAUUAGUUUUUUAGCGUUUCAAAAUGACGGACCCAGAGGAACACUGGAAAGGCAGCACACAUUUCCCCUCCUCAACCCAAUCUCACAGCUUCUGGUUUCCUUUUUCUUCUUCUUGGUGAUGGCUGGACAGACAGACGGGGCUUUCAGUGACAGUGGGUUUGACACAAGUUUCUUUGCUGAAACUGCUAGAAAGGGAAGCAUUGUUUCCAGAGCCAACAGUAUCGGCUCAACCAGUGCCUCUUCAGUACCAAAUACAGAUGAUGAAGACAGCGAUUACAGGCACGAGACGUCAUUUAAAGACUCCUUUAAAGAUCGCCGGAGACAAGCACACACUCAAGCUGAGCAAAAGCGCAGAGAUGCAAUCAAGAAAGGCUAUGGUGACCUGCAGUCCAUCGUUCCUACGUGCCAGCAGCAGUCUGAGUUUGCAGUUGGAGCCCAGAAGAUCAGCAAGGCUACUGUUCUGCAGAAAACUAUCGACUACAUCCAUUUUCUUCACAAAGAAAAGAAGAAGCAAGAGGAGGAAGUUUCCAUCCUGAGGAAAGAAGUGAUGGCGCUUAAGAUAAUGAAAACGAACUAUGAGCACAUAGUGAAGGCCCACCAGAACAACCCGCAGCAGGGAGAAGAUCAGGUGUCUGACCAGGUCAAAUUCAACCUUUUUCAGAACAUCAUGGACUCCCUGUUUGUGUCCUUCAGCAACUCGGUUUCAGUGAGCAGCUUCCAGGAACUGUCAGCCUGUGUUUUCAGCUGGAUCGAGGAGCACUGCAAGCCACAGACGCUGCAGGAGUCUGUUGUCGGCGUGCUCCGGCAGCUCAACGGCCAGCUUUAUUGAUCGAGGAGAAGCCUCUGGUUAACUUCCAGAAAAUGACUUUUGACUUGCUCUUGCCUCUCUGGAUGGAGCAAACCCUUCAGGCCGUGCAGUAUUCGCACGCGUCAGCCCAUCGGUGACUCUGCGCCUGCGUGUUGAUUACCUCAUCGUGUUUUCUUAGCAGGAAUUUAAAAAAAGCUGCCUUCAGCCACUUUCUGACCGUGUUUACAUUCCCAUAGAGCUGAGUGUAAAACACGAGAAAAUUUCAACUUAUGCUUUCAAACAGAAAAAUGUUAGCACACAUUUUAGCCUCAUCGCUACAAAAAUCUGACUUAUUCCAUUUAUUUAUACAUGUGGUCCUUUUUUCCGGCGCAGCACGUCUGCCAUUCCUGUCAACGGUCACUGCUCCAACGCUGAACGCAGCUUCUGUGGCGCCUCAGAGAAACACACUGGUGGUUUUAAAGUCCUCUGCCUUCAGUGUGGCGGUAAAUAAAUGGUUAGUUCCAAGAAUGAGGUGGAUAAAUGUUGUAAAUAUGCCACAGGUCUCCAACAGGCUUUAGUGUUUAGUCACAGUUUAGCUGCAGGUGACCUGUCAAAAAGGUUCAUUUAGCAGGUGUUGAUUUUAAUGAGCCUUCUUUGAAUUUCAGCCCGAUUUUAAAUGCUGUCGUGUUUUCAUGAUCCGUGACGUCGCUCUGUGCUACAGUGAAAGCAGAAACUCUAAAAUGCAUCAGUUUGUUUUUUUUAUUCCAAACCUCUGACUCUAGAUUCUCUAGGAUCAGCAGCAGAUUUGAACGUUUUGUUCUUGUGGACAUGAUCUGCUGCGGAAGUCUGGCUCGUUUCAUGUUCUAAUAUUUUUCUGUUUGAAAUGUUUAAAAGGUUACGCACAGAUAAAAACACACAGCCACUAAAGUCUCUCUAGUUUUUCCCGUAACGUCAAAACUGCACUCUUCCCUCUGCCCUGUUGUGUAUAUGUUCAGUGGACUGCUGCUGAUGCUGUUUUGAUGACAUCGCAUGGUGGCCGGUGGUGAAUUAAUCACCAUCAGGAGAGAAACUUCAAUUUAUGGACUUAAUAUUUUAUUUGCAUACGAGAACAUAAAGUGCAAAACCAACAGCAGAAAAGGGCAGGAUCGUAGUUUUGUAGUGGUGACCAGCGAAUGAGCCCAAAGCAGUUUUGGCAGUAUUAACAACUGUGAAAAUGUUGAUUUAGAAACAGCUGAACAGUUCACUCUAUAUAAUAAUGUAUGCAGCAAACUAUCUGAAGCCUGUUAGAGGUUUGAAUCAUUUGCUGACUUUCUAUGUAAGCUCAGGAUAAUGAAGAUGCUUUAAAGGGGAGAAAACACCACAGUUGCCUUUAGGGUCACAAUCAGCCCUCGAUGCAGUAGCUACAUGUAGUCUAGCCAAUAAGAAUGCUAACUUUUGUACAAAUGUGUUUGAUUUUUUUUCCUUUUAUUAUUUAUUCAAAAGAAAUGUUAAAUAAAGUGGCUCAAAAAGC